AUGAUGGUGGAAGCAUUCUGCAUGAAAUACAUUUCAGAAUAUGGAUAUUAUUUUGGCUCUAGACUAUUUUUUAGUACCGUUGAGUGUUUUGUAAAAAUUCAUUUGAAAGGUUUACUGAAUUUGUAUUCCGUCUAUACGAUAACAAAUUCAACUAAAGAUUUAAAAUCAAUCGUCAAAGCCCUAAAUUUUAUCGAUUCAGGUAUAAUCAACACUACUAUCAAAUUAAUACCACAUGUGAUUAUCAACUUUUUCAGAGUCUUUUCAAAAUCUGAAAAAGAUACAACGAUAUUAGUUGGAUAUCAAGAUCUGAUAUUCAAACAAAUGAAAAAAUUAGAUCCAAAAGAAAUUGCAGCUAUAAUUAUCUUUUAUAAUCUUAUUAUUGAUAAUACCAACUAUCAAGGUAGAUUUGGAAUUAAUAAACAAUUCCUAUCAAGAUUACAUGGUGAAUUCUUAAGAACUCUACCAAAAGAAAUAAUUAAAGUCAUUAUUGAUGAUUUGGUUAAAUAUUUCCUUUCAACAAAUUAUUAUGAAAAAUCAUUAUAUUGGUUCAAUGCAAAUUCAACAAUAUUUAGUAAUGAAAUUAGUAAAACCGCAAUAUUCAGUUUCAUUACUUACCAAAAUUCACAAUUACUAUCAUACCAAAUCGAGGAAAAGAGAAUUGAAGAAUAUCGUCAAUUUUGGAGAAAAACCUUAAAGUUAUCUGAAAAUCAAACUUUUAAUGAUAAAUAUUUAGGUGUGGAGAAAUCUGUUUAUUCAGAGUUUAAGAAUUUAAAUCUUUCGAAAAAAUUGAAAUCAAUUUAUUAUUUACCAGAAGGCUAUGAAGAAAUUCUAAAUCGAAAAGUUGAUUACAAACAUCAAUUGGUAUUUAGCAAAGAUUAUCAUAUUACUUUAUCAGCAAUGUUAAAAAAUGAUACUUUUAAAGGUUUAGAGAUUUUCCAUUAUUUGAAUGACAAUUUCUUAAAGAAAUCAAAAUUACCAAUUGGUACUUUAUUAUUAGAUACAAUUUUAAAAAUUCAAAGUCUUAAUAAAAGAGAAAUUCAAAAAGAAGAUAAAGAAGAAGUAGAUGAAAAAGAUGAAAAAGUAAAUGAAAGUAAAGAUAAAAAAAAAUCAUAUAUUAGUGAUUAUUGGGAAAAGGGUUUCAUUUUUAGAGUAGAAAAUUCUUUAUUUGAAUUUUAA